GAAUUGUUUGGCCUUAUAAAUAGUCCUGCCAAUGGGACGGAGCGUCAGUCGUACUUCUUUUCCAGCAGUUGUGCUAAGCAGCCGCGUCUCUUUGUCGGCACCAUGAGAAGAACUGCUAUCCUGUUAUUUAUCGCGGGCUUCGUUGCCUUGUCAGCAUCAAGUGAGGUCCUCACUGAAGAAAAUUCUUCUGAGGAAGGAGACGGCAAGAGCGACGUUGAUUUGCUUCGAGAUGAACUUGAAGUCCUCUGCAGUGAUUUUGAGUCCACAGGUACUGAGGAGAAAGAAGAGUCAGAGGAGUACUUUUUUGGUAAGCUGUUCAAGCGUGUCAAAGGCGCUGCUGACGGAGAUGGAAACCAUACGGGCCGUGGGCGAGGAAGAGGUCGAGGACGAGGCCGCGGCCGUGGCUCUCGGGGUUCUGACGGUGAAGGCGAAGGACGCAACUCCUCAAAAGGUCUCGACUUCUUCAGGAAGUUCCUUGGGAAAAGGAAGGCAGGCGGCAAUUACUCAUCGGACGUCGACGGAGCCUCCAAGAAGGAAGAACUACUGAGAAAGUUUAUGGGGAAAAAGAUGGGCUCCGGAAGCGGUGACGCAUCCAAUGGCGGCGACUUCCCGAAGAAGCACCUCGAGGGCAAAGCCGCCUCCUACGCUGCCCAUGAGGAAGAAUUCGACGAUGACAAUGUUUCUCUGGAGAAAUUCUGUGCCACAAUUUUCGCGAAGGACGAAGAAUGAGCGACGGCUGCUGAGGUUCUUACUGCAUGACAAAUAAAACAUUCCUCGUAUUCGAGUGCCAAAUUACGCGUCAAGAAAACUAAAAUAUCACAGAGCCCAAACACUUUGAACGUGUAGACGUCUGCGCAGUUUGCCCGUCGUAAGAGGCGCUAAAGGGUGUGCUUGGUUUCCAUGGUAACGCCAUACGUAGGCGUGGAACAUCUCCAUUUGUGGUCGUCACUCAACCUUCUUUUUAAUGAUGACAAAUUAACUAGGCAAAAGGCCACUCUGGCGCAUAAUUCUUCUCGGUCAGGAAAAAAAAAAAACAUAUUUGCGUCUUUUGUGUAUUUUCCACCGCAUCAUAUCAAAACACCAGCGUAAAAGCUCAAUCCUGAACCUUUCCGGGUGAAGAAUUAUGAAUAAAGAUUGAUCAUUGUGGACAGUGCAA